GUUUGUUUGGCCUAGCGGUCAGUCAGAUAUAGGGGUGGAUGCCGGACAGUAUAACUUCAGGCUCAGCUGGUGCAGUUGACUCCAGUCCUUCAUUUUUCUCUGCAGGAAUCCUAUAAGCACAAGAUGAAGCUGACAUUAGCUCUCCUCCUUGCACUCCAAGUGUCGGUGUGUGUUUGGGCAGAACCUGUUCCCGAGCCAAGCAGGGAGUUAGUGGAGAAAUAUGAAGGGUUGAAGGCUGUUUUCUAUAAGAGAAUUCUCAAUGCUUUUUCAAAGUUCGCAGCUGCUAUGGAACCCGUGCUAGAGCAGUCAGAAACUAAGGAGUUUUUGGAGGAACUUAAGAAACGCCCAAGAGUGGAAAGCGCCGCCAAGAUCAUCUCCGGAUUGGCUGCUGAGCUGGAGCCCGUGGUGGAGAAAGCUCGCUUGGCUGUCCUUGGUGCUUAUGCCCACUAUCUGCGCCCUCACAUUGGGGAAUCUCUGGACAAAGCCAUCAACAACAUCAAGCCAGUCCUGGAUGUCGUCUUGCCAGCUGAGAAUUAAAGCCUGUUGCUUGUUAAUCUCUGACUCUGUCAGAUAAGAUAUAUCAGCCAAGCUGUGCUCAAACUAGACUUAUUUUAUAUAUGGAGAGCAUGUAUCAAACAUGCAUUACAUCAUAUCUUUAAUAAUGGAUCCAAAUCUGCAUCCAGCCCCAGCUAUCAUGUCAACACAAUUUUUGCAUGUAUAUACUGUAUCUGUAUAUUUGAUACUGUUCUGUUCAGUGUAAGGCAGAGUAGAAUUCAAUCCAGCAUUAAUGGAGCAUGAGAACUUUUUGUGACUCAACAGCAAACAACGAGACUCUAAAUAAAGAUCCCUGGAUAAUGCAAACUGCA